AUGCUGCAGCCGCGGUCUCCUGAGGCGCCAGAGCCUGCCACGCCGCAGCCGCGGUCUCCCGAGGCACCACAGCCUGCCACGCCGCAGCCGCGGUCUCCCGAGGCACCACAGCCUGCCACGCCACAGCCGCGGUCUCCCGAGGCGCCACAGCCUGCCACGCCACAGCCGCGGUCUCCUGAGGCGCUACAGCCUGCCACGCCACAGCCGCGUUCUCCUGAGGCACCACAGCCUGACACGCCGCAGCCACGGUCUCCUGAGGCACCACAGCCUGCCACCUCGCAGCCGCGGUCACCUGAGGCACCACAGCCUGCCACGCCGCAGCCGCGGUCUCCUGAGGUACCACAGUCUGCCACACCGCAGCCGCGGUCACCUGAGGCACCACAGCCUGCCACACCGCAGCCGCGGUCACCUGAGGCACCACAGCCUGCCACGCCGCAGCCGCGGUCUCAUGAGGCACCACAGUCUGCCACGCCGCAGCUGCGGUCUCUGAGGUGCCACAGCCUGCCGCGCUGCAGCCGCAGUCACCUGAGGCACCACAGCCUGCCACGCCGCAGCCGCGGCGCCACGCCACAGCCGCGGUCUCCUGAGGCACCACAGCCUACCACGCCACAGCCGUGGUCUCCUGAGGCGCUACAGCCUGCCACGCCGCAGCCGCGUUGUCCUGAGGCGCCACAGCCUGCCACGCCGCAGCCGCGGUCAACUGAGGCACCACAGCCUGCCACAACGCAGCCCCGGUCUCUUGAGGCACCACAGCCUGCCGCGCCGCAGCCGCGGUCUCCUGAGGUACCACAGCCUUCCACGCCGCAGCCGCGGUCUCCUGAGGCGCCACAGCCUGCCACGCCGCAGCCGCGGUCUCCUGAGGCACCACAGCCUGCCACGCCGCAGCCGCGGUCUCUUGAGGCACCACAGCCUGCCAAGCCGCAGUCGCGGUCUCCUGAGGCGCCACGCCACAGCCGCGGUCUCCUGAGGCACCACAGCCUACCACGCCACAGCCGUGGUCUCCUGAGGCGCUACAGCCUGCCACGCCGCAGCCGCGUUGUCCUGAGGCGCCACAGCCUGCCACGCCGCAGCCGCGGUCAACUGAGGCACCACAGCCUGCCACAACGCAGCCCCGGUCUCUUGAGGCACCACAGCGUGCCGCGCCGCAGCCGCGGUCUCCUGAGGUACCACAGCCUUCCACGCCGCAGCCGCGGUCUCCUGAGGCGCCACGCCGCAGCCGCGGUCUCCUGA